AUUAUGAAGUUCACCUUAUUAGAGAUUGUUAGAUCAAAGGUAAGUACCUGCUCCUCUUCUCUACCAGUUUUUGCAGCAACGUUAAAUUGUCAGAAAUGUGUGGUGUCUACAACUCCAGCGAUUCAUUUGAGAUCUUUGGAAAACUUUCAACCUUCGACGGGAUUGUGCUCUUCAUCGGUGUCCCAGCCGUCUUGAUCUUCAUAAUCCUGGUGGUUUGCAUCUGCCAUCCCCGCAGACCCCGCUCCUCCAACGCCAACCUGACUCACACUGGCUCCAACGGCGUCUCAAUUACCGUAGAAGGAGGCCGUGACAAGGAGAUUCUCCACGGCUGCUCCAAACUCCUUUAUUCACAAGCAAAGCUACAGAAAGCCGAUUGCUCUUCGAGUUGUUCCAUAUGUUUGGAUGAAUACAGGGAUGCAGAUAUGCUGCGGCUGUUGUCUGGUUGUGGCCAUAUUUUUCAUCAGGGGUGCGUCGACCCUUGGUUGAUGCUGCAUCCUACCUGCCCUGUUUGUCGGAACUCACCACCGUCGACUGCUCCAAACAAGUGAUGCCAUUGGCCAUGUCCGAUGUAAGAUUAUAAAUUUAUAGAGUUGAA